AUGUUGUCCAACACCAGUUCUGACUUUGACCUGACCAUUCGCCAGCAGCCCGAUCGGGCGCGCGUGGCCGGGGGCAAGGAGAAAGAGCGCAAACCUAUCGAUCCGCCCCCGAUCGUUCAGCUCCGGGUGCGAGAAGAGAACACUUAUCUAGCGCAGCACUACCUGCAAAGCCCCUACUAUUUUAUGUGCUGCAGCUUGUACGAUGCUGCAGAGGAGCGCCCUGUCCCUGUCGCACCGUCCACAGCGCUAGCAGGAACUCUAGUUUCGUCCCUUCAUAGACUGAAAGAUGUGAACAAUGACGAUGGCGGAUUCUUCGUCUUUGGAGAUCUGUCGGUCAAGAUUGAGGGCGAAUUCCGGUUGAAAUUCACCUUGUUCGAGAUGCGAAAGGACCAAGUAACGUAUUUGAAGACCAUCAUUUCGGAUCGAUUUAGGGUGUCGCCCCCGAAGAACUUUCCUGGCAUGAUGGAGUCCACGUUCCUCUCGCGCUCGUUUGCAGAUCAAGGAGUCAAGCUGCGCAUUCGCAAAGAACCUCGAGCCAUGAUUAGUAAACGUCCGCAUCGGGACGAUUUCCCUCCAGCAAUGCCUCCGCGAUCGCCGGAUCGUCAGUCGGUCCAGAUCCCUCCGGCAGCGGCAGCGGGCUUUGGAGGGUACCCGGCCCCCAGUCGAGACUAUACGUACUACGGAGCUCCUGUGAAACGCCAUCGGACGUCCAUUGAUUACGGUCGCCAAAACAUUUACGACACGGAAAGUCGAAUGGCUCGUCCGAUGGAUACGUAUGGCCAACCAACGGCCAUGUAUGCGAGUCAGCCUGGCGCAUAUCAGACGCCGGGCAUGCAGCCCUACUCAACGGGACAGGUGGUGCCAGACUACGGGAUGUCUUAUGGUCUUCCACCGUCAGCGCAAAUGUCUCAAAUGCCCGACCCAACAGGUCAGGCACGGUCCAGCCAACAAGCCGCCGUGGGACAAUUGAUGGCGAUGAACCAGCCUGGCACUCCUACCUCGGAUUCCACAGGAGCAAUGAUGGCCCAGGGAUACUCCCGGUCCGGAUACCCGACCAGUUCCACCAUUCUCCCUCCGCUGCAGCGGAAUCGCAAUUAUCCCCAAGGCACCAACGGGACCCCCGUGCGAAGCUAUUUUGACCCGCCCUCUCCUUCGGCUACCCCGAUCCUUCCCUCUCAAAUGGCCCCGGAUCUUGAUCGCUAUGGCUCCACGGCCGGCCCGGCCGCUUUUGAUCCCCAUCCUUCGGACUCUGCGAACGGAACACCUCGGUAA